AUGGCAGCGCUGAGACAGGAGCAUCGGUAUGGGCUCUCCUGUGGCAAAAUCAACAAAAACAACCCAAAUCAAACUCUAUAUCACGUCAAACUCACUGACACUGCCAUCCGGACCCUCGAAGGCUACCAGAACCUGAAGGCAUCACUACCAAGUCAGCCAGCGAUUUGCUUCAAGGGGAGCCAAGGGUAUGUAAAGAUCCCAGCGCCAACCCCUGAAGCUCCAGAUGGAUUCAGAGUUUUCUCGUUCUACCUUUCCAGUGACAGCAAAGACAAGCCUCAGUCCAGCUUUGACUGCAUUCACCAGUAUGUCUCAGGGGAGGGCAGGGAUCACCUGGAGGGCCAGGGUAGCAUUCAGGACAAGAUCACCGUUUGUGCCACAGACGACUCCUACCAGACAACCCGGGAGCGCAUGUCUCAGGUGGAGAAGGACAUCUGGAGCCGCUCAGCAAUUGAGAUCAAGCCAGGGCCAAGUAAGUUUGUGAAGGUCCAGAGGAAGCAGGGUCUGGUAUCAGGCUCAGAUGGCAGCAACAAGCACUCCCCCAGCAACAAGAGGAGCCUGGUUCCCAGCCCUGUGGCACACCGGCCCUUGAGGGAUCGCAUUAUUCAUCUCCUGGCCUUAAAGCCCUACAGGAAACCUGAGCUGCUACUGUGGUUGGAGAGGGAGCGGGCCAGUCUAAAGGACAAGGCUGACCUGACCUCAAUACUGGAGGAGGUUGGCAAACUGAACCCUAAGGACCACAGCUAUACUCUGAAGGAUGAGCUCUACAGACAUGUUCAGAGAGACUGGCCUGGAUAUGUAGAAGAGGAGAAGCAACUCAUCCACAGGCUCUUGAUCAAGUGGAAACUACAGCCACUCCACAGUAUCCAGUUGAAGAGUCCCCAGUCCAACCAGUCAUUCCACAAAACUCCCGGGGACUCUCCUUCACAUCUCAGCCCUGCCAAGAAUCUCUCUGUGAAACGGCCGUUGCCCUCAGACCCAUCCAACUUUCAGACUCCCAAAAAACAAAGACUGUUAGACCAGUGUCUGCCACUGCAGUCACCGUCUCACGGAGACUGCGUCACCAAUGGGGCUCGCAGCUCCUCUAGUCAUGGAAACUCUAGAGUACAGAUCAAACUGGACUUCGACAAAACCAACAAUCAUCUCCAGGGGAGCCCAAAUGGACUGCACUCACCGCACAAACUCAGCGGGUCAUCUACUAUUCCCAAACUGGAGAGGACAGAGCCAGCUCCCACUGUACCCAGCCCUAACCCGCCACACAUUGACACGUCCAUUUGCACUGACCAACCAUUCACCAACGGCCAGCAUAAAAAAAAGAAGUCCAAAAAGCACAAAGACAAAGAACGAGAGCGCUUAAAACCAGACUGGAUUGAGACAAGUCCAGACCUGAAACAUAACAGAGAAAAUCUCAAAGAUCAUGAGGGGGAGAAAACACCUGUCAAUCGAACCUCCGCAGAGGAACUGCCUGACUAUUUAAUAAAAUACAGUACCAUAAAAGCACUGGAGCAGAGGCAGGAGUAUAAGGACGACUUCUGUGCCGAGUACGAUGAAUACAGAGCUCUUCAUGCCCGGAUCGGGGCUAUCACAGAGAUGUUUGUUCAGUUGGGCUCAAAGAUCAACACUCUCUCCCCGGGAACACAAGAAUACAAGCUCAUGGAGGACCAAAUACUACAAAAGUACCGAAAGUAUAAGAAAAAGUUUCCUGGGUACCGGGAAGAGAAGAAGCGAUGCGAGUACCUCCAUCAGAAACUGUCGCAUAUCAAAGGCCUGAUCACAGAUUACGACCGAGCGCAGGGACUCUCCUAGUCAGCGGCUUCUACCCUCAGCAGGGUUUAAUAUGACUGGACCAAAAGACUCCUAAUGGAGCCAAAGACUGCCAGCUGGGACCCGGAGUCACUGAGACACUUUUCACUUUACUCCUUCAAGUAUUUAUGGAAUCGAGGAGCAGGGGUUUUUCUAGAAAGUGGGCCGAGACCACCGACCCGUGAUCAAAUGUUGCCCUUUAACAUUUUGGUUUUUAAUUAUGAUUUUUGGCUGGAUUCUGUUCUGCUGUAUAAUGGUCCAAUGACGAAGUGUAAGCCAAAUCCAUUUUAUCGGAAGUGCAAAGCAGAUUUGAUCCUUCCUGCUUAAUGUAUUUUUAUUUGUAUUCCUUUAUCUGCUCAGAACUUUAAAAAAUGUGUUGAUUUAUUUAAAAAAAAAAGUAUUACAUUGAUGGUACAAUCAAACUUAUGGGGAAACAAAUGCUACUAAAGUCUUUAUAUUUAUCAUACAACAGGAAUCCUUUUAUUUGCUGUUUGCCAAUAGAAAGUCAACACAUUUAAGCACAUCAGUUAUUCAUUAGUUACAGUAAUAAGAUCAGAUAAUAAUAAUAAUAAUAAGGUCACAACCAUUUUCAAUGUCUCUCCCUUGGAAGCCAAUGCAAACACAAUCUUAUCAUUCAUACAAAAAUGUAUUUCUGCAGGACUAAACUUGCAGAGGGUUUUCUCAAUGCAUCACUAAAAUGAAAAGAAAAUGAAAUGUAAAGCAUAAUAUGCAAAGUUCUUCAGGCUUUGAUCUUGAGUAAUUUAACCAUGUAGCUGCCAGCGUCCUGUGUCAUUUCUAAGAAAUGUUGGAAUGCCACAAAACUACUCCUCCCAAUACCUGAACGCUGGUUUCAAGAUAGUGUUUGUGCACAUAUGAGUGUCAACUUCACCCACAUGUAGCCUACCACCAACUGCCUUUUCAUUAUCAACUCUCUCAAAUAUUCUGGUUGUUGGUUUACUGAUAAACACAGUACACCCAGUAAUCAUGCUUUAUCUAAGCUGUAGAUGAAUGACUAAAAGCUCUAUGAAUCAUAACUUUUCACUCUAAAUGCAGUUUUAAAAGCGUACAGGGUAUUUGAUCUUGGUAAUCGAUCAUGUUUGAUUUACUAUGAUCUUGCUUUGGUUGAAGUAUGGAGAUUGCAAAAGAGAUGCCUUUAAAAGUUGGAUAAUGUAAUUGUUAGUACACAGAUGGCACUGUCACUCGGUUCAUACCACUUUGGUUCAGUUUGGAUGUAAGGAGCAGGCAGACCUCUAGAGGGUGCUAGCGGUGCUUUUAGACUCAUUUUAGACUUUUUGGAAUCAUUCGUCCCAAGGCAGGAUCAUAAGAAUACCCACAAACUGUAUUUUUAUUUCACUUUAUGAUUCGCUUUUAGCCUGAUGUAGGAAAUUGAUUUCAGAUGCCAGUGUUUUCUGGACAUUUGGAUUCAUGUAGCCGUUCUCACAACUUUUGUCUUAAUGAUUGCUUAGCUACAUUUGCCUUAACACGUACAGUAUGUCAGACAUUUCCAAAAUGAGGACACCCCUGUUGGUUUACCCUGCACAGUUCAAAGCAUUCUGAGACUUUUUCUUGUAAAUGUAUUUUAGUUUGAAUGAACUUCAGUUACUGGAUAGUUGUUACUGGAUAGGUAUUGUGUUAUCUGUGUUCUUCUUGUUUUAUUACCGUGUACGUCUAAAUCAUUUUCAGUUUCUAUCAGAUAAUCAUGAACUGUUAAGGAAUUGAAUUCACUCUCCAAUCGUAUCAAGUUCCACUUUCAAAAGAAAUAAUCAUUGCAGAAAUGUAUACAAAAUAAUGUGCUUUCCUUUUCUUGAUUUCUCAAUGAAAAUACUUCAUAGAUUUAUUGUCACAUGUUAAGCAGUUAUUUUGCAUAAGGUAAAUGUACGUUGUUAUUUAUUUUACAUUUGGUAGAUUACUUCUGGUAUGUUUGAAGGAUUUGAGACUGGCAACAGUUGCUCUGUCUUGGCACAUAUGAACUUUUCCAAGAGAGGAAUAUUUAUUAGCACUGACUAUUGGAAAAAUAAGAAUUGUAAGCCCAGAUUCUGAGCAUUAAAUAUCAAAGCAAAAUAUGCUGGAUCUUAAAGUCCUGGUACACUGAAGUUUUAUUUAUUUUGGCUGUUUGGAUCUAUUCGAAAGACAAGACCACACAACGUUUAGUUACAUGUGCCACAAAGCUCGAAUCAACAAGAGAAAUUACCUGGUCAGUCAAACGUUUUUUUUUCUGGUAUUGGAUCUGCAAAUCCAUGAGACAUUGUUUAAUUGUACUAAAAGACAGGAGCACGAUGCCAGUUCAGAUAUACAAAAUGAUGUUUAGGUUGUUUGACAGAAUUUGUUGUUCAAAACAGAAAGGUACUGAAUCAGUGUUUUAAAAAAUGAUGGUGAGAUGGAACCAUACAGAACACCAUUCAGAUUACCUUGAAAGUGAUCAUUCACAAAACAGAUUCAAGUCAAGGGCUUCCCAUCUACCACAAGAGUGGUAUUGGUCAAUUGCAUAAUACAUAUGAAAUCAAACUAUCUCAAAAGGAAAAAUAUCAGUCUAAACAGUAUGAAUUCAGUUAUCCGUACCAUUCAUGUCAACAUGUUGAUUUUGGGAACCAGACCCUCGAUGAAUCUCAAGUGCUAACUGUGAUGUGUUUUCUUUUUUGUAAUACUGUAGCGGGAGCUAACUACUGAUGGUGCCUUUCCAUUCAAAGAGCAGAGCCACUCUGCAUGUAACUUGUAUUGGUAUUCUGUAAAAAAAAAAAAAGGACCAGCAGUAUUUAAACAUCUGUAGUUUCACACUGGUGCCGCUGUUCAAAGUGCUUUGUUCCUUAUCUUUAGAUUAAGUUGGUAUCAGAUGCCUUGUAAAAUCUUCUUAGUUUUUGGGCGCGGACAUUUUUUCCAGAUAUGUAAAUUCGGCAUUUGCAAAAAUGCAAGGUUUUCCUGACACCAAUUAAACUGCAUUUUAGGUUAGCUGUUCAAAAGAAUGUCCUGGAUUUUGUUUGCAUUUCUUUUUGCAGCCCCGCAAAGUAUUUUAACAAAUGUAAUACUGGUGCAUUGAUUGGUUUGUUGGUCCUGGAAAACCAAGUCUUGUUGAAAAUGUGAAAUAGGACAUUUCGCCUAUUAUGAAUCACUGCAAUUGGUCUACCUGGAAGAACACAUUGUUUUUAUUUAUUGUUUUAUAUGCGUUUGUCCUUUUAUGGAAUCCAACUUUGCAGUUAGUUCAUUGUUUUUCAGAGCAACACUCAAAGUAUGGUGAAAGGGAAAUGGAAUAUAUUUUUGCAAUUGUUGAUGGUGGAUACUUUAUCCCAGUCAUCCACUCGAGUAAAAAGCUUUCAGAAGAAGUGUAUGUUUGUCUCCGUUCAAGCAACAAAUAAAGCUCUUUUGAAUUUAACAAA